UCUAGAUGAUGAUGGGUUGCCACAUGGAUUCUGUACAGUCACCUAUUCAUCAACAGACAGAUUUGAGGGAAACUUUGUGCAUGGAGAAAAGAAUGGCCGCGGCAAGUUCUUCUUUUUUGAUGGAAGCACCCUGGAAGGGUACUAUGUUGAUGACGCCCUGCAAGGCCAGGGAAUCUACACUUACGAGGAUGGAGUGGUCCUUCAUGGCACAUAUGUGGAUGGAGAGCUGAAUGGACCGGCCCAGGAGUAUGACAGUGACGGGCGGCUGAUAUUCAAAGGGCAGUAUAAAGACAACAUUCGACAUGGAGUUUGUUGGAUUUAUUACCCGGAUGGAGGCAGCCUUGUAGGAGAAGUGAAUGAAGAAGGGGAGAUGACUGGAGAGAAAAUAGCCUAUGUGUACCCUGAUGGAAAGACUGCAUAUUCUGGAAAGUUCAUAGAUGGAGAAAUGAUAGAAGCAAAACUGGCAACUCUGACAUCUGCAGAGGAUGGGAAACCUCAGUUUGAAGUAGUACCAGGCAGCCCAGUAUACAGUUUUGACAAAUCUACUUCAUCCUGCAUUUCUACAAAUGCACUUCUUCCUGAUCCUUACGAGUCAGAGAGGGUGUAUGUUGAUGUCUCUCUCAUUUCCAGUGCUGGAGAAGGAUUAUUUUCAAAAAUAGCAGCAGAAGCCAGUACAGUUAUGUCCUUUUACAAUGGAGUGCGAAUUACACACCAGGAGGUAGACAGCAGAGACUGGGCCCUCAAUGGAAAUACAAUAUCCCUGGAUGACGAAACAGUCAUAGACGUGCCAGAGCCCUACAACCACGCCGCCAAGUACUGUGCCUCGCUGGGGCAUAAGGCCAACCAUUCUUUCACUCCUAACUGCAUCUAUGACCCGUUUGUUCAUCCUCGUUUUGGGCCUAUCAAGUGUAUCCGUACCAUCAGGGCUGUGGAGAAGGAUGAAGAAUUAACAGUGGCUUACGGAUACGAUCACAACCCCGUUGGGCAAAACGGGCCAGAAGCACCGGAGUGGUACCAGCUGGAACUGAAAGCUUUCCAGGCUGCCCAGCAAAAGUGAAACGGGAGCUCCUUCUCCAUUCAGCAAACUGAAAUAGAAACUUGGAUCUAUGCACUACCUUUAUACUGAAAACUGGACAACCAGGGAUUGUUCAUGCUGUUGCAUCAUAACUUUGCAUUCUGUGUUAAGAGAUAAGUUUCUUGCAUACUAACUAGGUUUGACUGUGUUACUCAUAGCAGAUUUAAAAUUAGCUAAUGUUGCACCAGUCUUAUCUGGAGAAAUUAUUUAAUAUUCUAUACGAGACGUGAUAUUCUUUGGUAGCUUCUGCUUUUGCACCAUAUGCAAAGAUGCCAAAAGACUAGACAGAAAACUAAAAUGGGUAUAUCGUUCACUUUUAGUCGGCAGACUUAGUGUUGCUCUCUAUCUGCCUAGGCAUUAUUGUGCAACUGCAUUUUGCAUAUAUGCCACUUGUGAUGAUAACAGUAAUAUUUUGAUAUUCUCUAAUAGUAGCAUAAUUUUGCCUUUUUAAACCUUUGAUCUGAAUCUUGCAAUAGAGCAGUUUAUUUAUUAGCAUAUAGGAGGCUGGGUUUUAACUCCCCUUUCCUCUUGUCUGAACGUUGUUCUUUCUACAAAUCCUCUUUUGCAGGAGAAAAUCCUUUCUAACUAGUGGAAAGGCUUGUGUGUGUAUGUGAGAGUGCUGUGUGUUGGUCUCUGUGGCUCUCUAAAUAGUAUAGCAACAUGUCCAAACCUAAUAUUUAUCUAGCCUUUACGGCUGGCUUAUUUUAUUUAAUUUAUGAUUAUGACACGCAAAUGAAGCUGUUCUUUGCAUGAAGAUUUUCUGAAAGGAGAAAACGGAUUCACUUUUCGAAGGACUUUCAGAAGUACGUGUUCUGGAAGGCAAGCACAUUACUUGCAUUAGUGUCCAUGAGUUGGUUUGUGUGUUUCACCUGUUAAAGUGGCCAGUUCUCGAGGCAAAAAUUCUAGCAAUGAGAUGCUUACAUCUCACGUGAAUUCUCUUAAAGGAGGUGUAUGUAUUUGAGGGCAGGCUGUAGUACUUGGUUAAGGAGAGCUAUCUUUUGUAUGUGUUCAGUUGACAAAGAAUAUAGCCUUGUAGCCAUCUCUUAGUAGUACUGGUUUAAGACACAGUAAAUUAAUAUAGUAUGAGAUAUCAAAAUAAGAUUAAAAAAAUAAAGUGAAAAGAUUGUUUUUGAAAGACAAACAAUGAAUGUAAAAACAUCACUCACCGCUCAUAUUUAGAAACAGCAGUCGAUCCAUAGCUUUGUUGCAGCCAAUAGCGGGGGCUUGUGAAUAUUCACCUGCAGGGCUGUGUUCUGGGUUUUUUCAGGGGUAGGGAAAUCGUUGUGCAUUUUUUCAGAUACAUUACUGGUCUUGCCUAAUGCUGUAUUAGAGAGAAAUAAUGUAUCAUCUCGGUCUGGAUGCUGGAGCCCUUCUGAGACUCCGAUGCUCUCUUUUGGGUUUAGCAGCUUAGGAAAAACUCAAAUGCAUUUGCAACACUUUCUUUCAAUGUUUGUAGUUUAAAAAGAGUUUGUAUAUAUGUAACAUAAAGGAUUUGGAAAUCAGACCUACCUUUCUAUUGCAACACAUUUUGGUGGGUUGCUUGAACGGUUGGAGGUGCCUCGCUGUCUGGGGAGCUAGACAUGGAGAAUGUGUUGGGUUGGUACCUGCAAGUGGAAGGAUGAGGUUGCUGCUUUGUGCAGUCUGAGAAGCCUUGCUUUGGUACCUGUACAAAGGUAGGAAUUAUUAAUAACAACCUCUCUAACUUGGGGCUCUGUUUAGUCCCUGUGACUGAUCACAAACCUUUUCCAGCACCUCACCAUUUAAGCUUGCACAAAAGCUACUCCGUGCAUGUGCUGGGGGGGGAGGGGAGGGGGCAAGUAGGCUCAGGGCUUUUUGACACUCUUCCAGCAGUGAUCUGAAUGUGAGCUUUAACACCACUCAUCUCCUUGUGCUGGAGACUCAGGCCACAGCUCUGCUUCUCGUCCAAGGCAGGUGGCUGGCAGAGGUGACAGCUCAGGGACUCAGCUGAGUGUGCAGAGACAGAACUGAGCCUCACAGGUGAGGGAGAAUUGUCAAAGGCCAAUUGGCAGCACAACUUCAGCAAGUGAACCUCAAAAAGAAAUAUGCAUGUCUUGAUCUUUCCCUGCCUGCCCACAGGUCAUUAUUUUAGAUCAUUGCUGUUUCAGCCAUUUGCAGAAAAGCGCGCCUCUCUGGUAGGAAGCUGUUGUGUGCACCUUGUGGAUUAUUCUGCCAGGACCAUGAAGUUUGCAAAGCUGAAGCUUGUGUUUAAGCGCAGGGAAGAGGAGAGGGAAGAUAUGUGACUGAACCCUGCUGUAAAUGGAUGGUAACUCCUUCCACAGUCUUGAUAACCUGCUUUGGACUGCUGGCCUCUUUGUGCCUGCUAGAGAAUCAUGCUUAAAAUGUUCUGAUCUCUAGAGUUCCUUUGGCUUCAUUCCUGAUCAGUGUCCGAUUCCUCUGCUAUCUCCUCUUCGUGUGGAGUUGCUUAUGUUUUAAUAGAUUUGUCAGUCUUCAUGUUGCCUGAUUUUUGAGAUAAAUACAAGGUAGGUGCUCUUUGCACAUCAGGUUUGAAGGUUGCAUCCUAAAACAGGGAAAUUCUAGGAAAAAAAAAAGGCACUGAGGUAUGCUCUGUGUGUUCUCAAAAGUUGUUAAUUUGGUGACAGUCAGGCAGAUUCUCUUGCUCUUGCAUAUGCUUGUAGCCUGGUAGUAUGCCACGGCUGUGGCUAUUGUCUCCGUUAGCUCUACUGUCUUUUUUUCUCUCUACUCUGUUAAAAUCUAUCGGUCCUCCUAUAGAUACCUUCUUCGGUGACCAACCUUCUAUAAAAGUUGUGAUUAUAAAGCUGCUUUGGCUUGAUUCAGGACCAAGCCUUUUAAUUCUUCUUUGUUUUCUUUUUCUUUGUGGUCUGUUAGAGUGGAGAUGGUUGGGAUGUUUUUUACCACUGGGUAGCAAAAGGGCUCAGGGCUCAGUGUGUCCUUCAGAAGUUUUCGAGAGGUUGCGUUGGCAGCCACAGGUUCAAACACAGAUUAGUUGCAGAACUCCAAGUAAUGCCUUAACUUGGUCAACGUAUUGCCAAGUAUCACUUGUAUCACUAGAUAGCGAGACCAGCUUAGCAAAACUGUUUAUCAGUAGUAACACGAGACCCCCACCAAAAAGCAGUUUUAAUUUGGAGCAGAGGAAGCAGUCAUAUUGCAAAGCAAUCCAUUUGAGUUUGUUGAAUGCAGCUGACGAUUGGUGAAUGUACAGUAAGUAAAGAAGCCCCACUUCUCAGAGUCUGUCUGGCCAAAGACCUGCUGUCCUGCCGGCACAGAAACGGGAAGAAGAGCUGAUGCCAGUCAGCUGAGCCUGGGUGAGCAGCUGGCUUUCAGAGUACCCACUGUGACUAAAGAAUGGCAUAAGAGAACUUGGAAUUGCUGCUUUUUUCGGGUACAGAUCAGUUCCCAACGUCUGCCUUUGGUCUGCAGUGCUGCACGUGGCUCCUCUGCGUUGGGAAGGUUGUUACCUGAGCUCCUUUAUGAGAAGGAGCCUGUAUCAGCCUGUGUUAGAGGCUGCUGGUUGUCUCUUUUUAAAAACAAAACUUAAAUGGAUCUUCCUGCUAUGGCAGCACUGUUUUGUCACCAAGAAUACAGCAGCUCAGUUUUCUGGAGAAGUGGUUGAUCUUGGAGAUGAGAGCAUGAGAAGUUACAGCUGAGAGCUACCUGCUGCUGGGUCACUCCCCUGGAUAAGAGGGAAGAGGGCUUAGGCCUGGGGGGGUGUCUCAAGUUGAGUCUCAUGCUAUAAUUUGACUUUUGGGGAUCUGCUAAAAUACCUGAUUUUCCUUCACAAAUCUGAAGAGGCUUUUUCCCUUUUUUUGGUAGUAAUUAAAAAAACCUUAACUGACAUAAAUACAUGUAAGUCUUAACUGUUGAAAAUGUCAAAGGAAAUCUGUGGAUAUGACUCUUCAGCGAUCGGAGUGAGAGCUGUGAUAGCUUUUUGACUUUUUCCACAGUUGCAACGAUACCCGCUAGGAUGGCCCCUGCUUUUUCCCAGAUGCAGCUCCUGGGCGUCUCGUGCAGGUUUCGAGGCCUUUGGGAGGCCGGUUGCUCGGCCUUGCGAGGCCGUGUGUUUCGGGAGCAAUGAGGUAGCCUUCUCCCUAGUUCAGCCUUUUCGGAUGGGGAGCUUUCAGUGUUGUACACAGCUGGCACUGGCUGUGGUUUCUUUCCCGGGGCUGUUGUAGUACACUGCUGGCGUGGAAGCGAGAGCGCCAUCGGGGAUUUCGCACCCUCUGCCAGGCACUGGAGGAGCAGAGUAGCCGAAGUAUCCCGUCUGGUAGGAGAAACUGAGAAGUGGUGGAAAUUGCCACUUUUCUGUUUCCUUCGCAGUUGGCUGGCAUUGUCCUUCAGUCAAAACCGGUGCUCACCACUUCGGUUGUGCCAGGAACUGCACGGGGUGUCGCUUCUGUCCCAGAGACACCUGUGAUUUCUAUCCUUUCACUCGAUUUGAUAGUCUUUUUGGAAAAUGCUGCCGUUGCAAUGAGGUAACGGGUUGUACAGAGCUGGUUAUCUGCUGCUUUGUUUUCCUCUGGCACAGCAGAAUUGCUGGAGCUGUGGGUGCCUGAGGAAUUACCUCCAAGCACUUAAAAAAAAAAACCCAAUUGCUUUGAAAACAAUGUUGCUGAAGUGUCUCCUUAUAUGCUGGGGUGCUGCAUUAGACGCCUCUUCCUCACUUACACCGCACUGUCAUAUGCUGAGAGCAUUUGGGCGAGGAACGCAGGUGUGGGAGCAGCUUUACCUCUGGGUUUAAGUGGGCUUCACGCUCACCUGCGCCCCGGGGAGAACUUGUUCCUUUUGCUUUGUGUAUUGGAAACAUGAGAACUAUAUUUUUGGACAAAGCGUUUCUAAGCAGUCUUAUAAGGGAUUUUAUUUUUUUAAAAAAAAGGUGCAAGAUUGAGUGCAUGUUUACUUGCCCCAGAUCAAAGGUUUUGAACACUAAGGUCACUAUCUGUUGAAUGGACCCUCCUCUUGGCGCUCUUCUGUCUUCAGGCUAUUGAAGCUCCUGCCCUCUUUCUCUACCAGUUUUACUGUAACUACUUUUUUGUUUCCAGGAGAAAUAUAUAUACAAAAAUUCUAAGCAAUAAAAUGUUAAAGCCAUAAAAUCAUGAGUGUGGGAAGACCCUCUUCACAAGUUUUAACAUAUUUGUAUGUAAAAUGAUGUUUGUAUGAAAUAUUUUCAUGGUAGAAUGAAUACUUAAAAAAAAAAAAGUUCCAGUAAGAUCUAAACCAAAUUUAAAAGGAUGUCUUUUUGUAAGAUGCAAGUGUAAUUGAUUACCAAUAAGUAGAUCUUUUUUUUUUUUUUAAAGGGGAGAUGCAACAAAUGAUCUUUACAAUUACAAAUGGUCGUUUCUGCUAUUUGGGAAAGUAUUUAUGCAGCAUUACACACGGCUGUCAUAAAUAAUUGCAAUAGCAAGGCCAGUCACAUCUUCAGGACAUACCUCUCAGCUUGUCCCUCUGUGAUAUUGUACAAACGGAUCCAUCCCUCCUUUCUGCAGAUUUCCUCCUAGAAAACUUUUCCUACUGUAACUGUACUGAAUUUAACUCUUGAGCUAAGAUCCAGACUAAAAUUGUGUAUUACUUAACAGUUUCUGCUGGGCCUUCUGCUAUUUUAAUACUCUCUAGCCCAUAAUUACUGGGUGUCUCUGUUCUGAAGAACUAAGUGCUAAAGAAUAAUCCUUGGGGUAAGCUUAUACGUGUGUUAACAGUUAACCCCGGAGUAUUUAACUUGUAUACAGUACUUGAUAGGUGUUUUAUGACAUUUGUACUCGAACUAUGAGCCUUACUGAACAUCUGUAGGUUUAUUCAUGACUUUUAAAAAAUGGAUAACUCUAAGAAAGAUGUUUACAUGAAUGAUGAUUGCCCUUCCUUUGAUGUUAUGAAUGAGGUUUUUAUAGUGUGUUUGGGUGUAUGUGCAAGGAAGUAAGAAAAAUGUUUCUGGGGAAAAAUAGACUUGACAAACAUUUGUAAUAAGUGAAUUUUAAAUAUUGCUUUAAUUGCGCUAUGAAGGCAAUGCAGAUAUUAAAAUAUUCAACAGAA